AUUAAAUGACUUAGUUUAGUUUAGCGUUGCUCACACCUUAGAACGGCAGUGAUGAUCACGGGCAUUUUAAAAGUAUUUGACAAGCCACGGCCAGAUCCCGAUGCGGCAAACUGGGCACUUUUGGAACCAGGAUGGCAUGUUUUUUUAUUAUACGCAGCCUAUGCCGCAUUUGUGUUUAGGGUGGGGCGAAAGUUCAUGGAGAAUCGCAAGCCCUUGAAUGUGAAAACUCCAAUGAUUGUAUAUAAUGCAUUCCAAGUUGUCUACAAUUCCAUACUGUUCUAUAAUCUUGUGUACUACAUGUACGUGGAGCCAAUGUACGACUUGCGCUGCAUGGAGACUCUGCCCCUGGAUCAUCCCAAAAAGAACGUCGAGCGCUGGAUUAUGUAUGGAUAUUUUAUAAACAAGCUGCUGGAUCUGCUGGACACGGUGUUCUUUGUGCUGCGCAAGAGUUACAAGCAGAUUACCUUGCUGCAUGUCUAUCAUCAUAUAUUGAUGGGCCUAACGCCCUAUUUUAUCGGUCGCUUCUAUGGCUUUGGCGGGCAAUUUGUGACAAUUGCAUUGCUAAACACACUGGUGCAUAUUGUUAUGUAUUUCUAUUACCUUAUCUCGGCCAUGAGCACAAAGCUCAAGGGCAGCAUCUGGUGGAAGAAGUACAUAACAGUUAUACAAUUGGUACAGUUUGUCAUUUUACUAGCGCAAACGCUUUACGUGAAAGUCUUUGAGCCCGACUGUGGCUAUCCAGCUAUUCUGAAUUAUUUGCAAAUGACACAGUCUAUAACAAUGAUUAUUAUGUUUAGCAAUUUCUAUAUUAAGUCCUAUGUCAAGACGAGCCAGAAACAAACAUAAAUACAAAUUGUGUAAGCUUGAACUGUUUACAUUU